AUGGCCUCGGGGAGGACGCUGAAGUUCGCCCUGUGCGAGGUGCUGCAGUUUGUAGGCCUGUGCGUGCCGCUCUUCAUCGUCAUGCAAAGGUUCGCCCUCAUCGUGGCGCGGGUCAAGAGCAUGGCGCAGCCACCUGGCGACGCCAGCACUGCCUACUGGCUCAUCGUGGCCUCCUCCAUCGCCUAUGUCACCUCCACAGCCCUGCUGGUCUGGGUGCCCAUGAAGUACAUGGUGUUUACAAAUAAGAAGUUUCUUGUCGGCAGGAAGAAGUGGAGGCCAGUGGCCCUGGUCUAUGUGAUCCUCUCCACAUUACCCUGCUUUGCCUUUCUCAUUGCCAGCUCAGAGGUGCAGAUCAAUAACAGUAUAAGGCAGGACACGUUCGCAGAGCUCCCCGUGUCGCUGAUGCUCUUCUCCCUCAUCUGCAUCGAUAUCCUGGAGAGGAUCCGCCACUGUCGACUCACUGGACAUGCUAAUGAAUUGGACCGAGAUGCUGAGAUCCCUUCCAAUGUCCUCACACACGUGGAGCACCUACGUGGAACCCCAGUGACACCAGUAAACCCAGCAAACCCUGCGUCACCCGUAACGCCAGCUGUGCCCGGGCAACCUGCACAACCAGGGCAACCUGGUGGUCCAAAUGGGCAGGACCAGAACGGGGCGGGCUCACGACCAGAGGCCAAUGGGACUUUCCAGGGGAUGUCAGGUAACCAGAUACCAGGGAGACAGUUUAGCAUUUCAGGCCUGAGCUCACGCUCGGCACGCUCGGCACGCUCGGCACGUUCGGCACGCUCGGCACACUCUGUCAGCACGUCGGUGGACCAUGGAGUCUCACCAUAUGUGUACACAGGGCCGCUGCAAUUCCUGUGUGCCAGCGAUGCCCGAGCCGAGGUAUUUGUGGAUAGCUUUCUGUUCUGGAUGGACACAGUGGAGAUGGUGAGGGUGGCUGGGCACCCAGCGGUCUACUACUCGGGCUGGGUGUUCCCUAUCUACAUCUUCAGCUACCUGUCGUGCCUGCGGCUGGUGGUCAUGCCCCACAGUCCCCUGCUAUCAUCACUAGGCGUGGCCCUGCAGGAUUUGCCCUUCCUGUUUGUGCGUAUCGGCCUCAUCGCCUUCUUCGGCUUUGUCACGCCCCUCCUCUACCUGAUGAAGAACCUGCUCGUCUGCCUGGCCUUCAUCUACUUCAACUUUAUGACCAAGCUGAGGGUCUUCAACACCGAGAGGAUGUUCUGA